AUGAACACCUCCCUUUCUCUUCGCUUCUAUUCCUUUUCUUUCCUCUUUUCUUUCCUUCUCACUUUUUCAUCCAUUUCUCUCCCUUUUUCUUUCCUUCUUCUCCGCUUUACUUCCUUUUUUCUCUUCUCUCCCUUUCUCUUUCCUUUCUCCCUCUUUCUUUCCUUCCUCUCCUCUUUGCUUUCCUUGUUUCUUUCUUUUCUCUCCCCUUUUCUUUCUUUUCUCUCCCUUUUUCUUCCUUUUUUCUCCCUUUUUCGUUCUCCCCGUUUUCUUCCCUAUUCUCCAUUUGACUUUCUUUCCUUUCUUUUUGUUUUUUCUUUUCUUCCCCCCUCUCUCUCUUGUCACUUCCUCUCUAUUUUUCUUUCCUUCCCACUCUCCCCUUUUCUUUCUUUUUCACCGACUUUCAUUUCUUCUUGUAUUUUCUUAAUUUUCUCUAUCUUUGUCUCCUUUCUCUUCUCAUUCUCACCUUUCUUUACCACACUUUUCUUUUCCCUUUCUUUCUAUUUUUUUUCUUUUCUUCUUAUCUUUCUUUCUCUGUCCUAUAACAAACAUUUUCUUCUUCUUCUUCUUCUUCUUCUUCUUCUUCUUUCUCUCUCUCUCUGUCCCUUUCUCUCUCUCUGUCCCUUUCUCUUUCUCCCCCUCUCUUUCUCUCUCUCUAUCUCUCUCUCUCUCUCUCUCUCUUAUUGUCUUUCUUUCUUUCUUUCUUUCUCUCUCUCACCCUCUCUCUCUCUCUCUCUGGUUCAUUCUGUUUAUCUUUUUAGAAUUUGUCACCAUACUCUCUCUCUCUCUCUCUCUCUCUCUCUCUCCUUCUAUAUGUCUCUCUCAGAGAUCUUUUCCAUAUUUCUCUGUAUUUUCCUUUCUUUCCUUCUCUUUUACUCACUCUCUCUCUCUCUUUCUUUUCUUUCCCUACCCUCUUUGAGUAUUCAUUUCCUUUUUCCAUAUAUAUUUCUCUAUCUUUUCUUUCUUUUAUACAUCUCUUUCCCUCUCCUUGAAAACAUGCUCUAUCUAUAUCUAUAA